AGAGGAGGGGAUGGCUGUCAUCAAUGAAGUCAUAUUCAUAAUCUAGUCCCCCCCUCUCCCGGGUUUCUGUACUCCGGGUGACUCAGAGAGGAAAGAGAUUCAGCCGGCAACCCUGCUCGCGAGCAAGCUUAUUAUCCUUCACUGACUGGCAGAGACAGGAGUGGUAAAUGUCCACACCCACAGACCCUGGUGCAAUGCCCCACCCAGGGCCGUCACCAGGGCCGGGACCCUCUCCUGGACCAAUUCUGGGACCUAGUCCGGGGCCAGGACCAUCCCCAGGUUCUGUCCACAGUAUGAUGGGGCCAAGUCCUGGACCUCCAAGUGUCUCACAUCCAAUGCCGACAGUGGGGUCUGUGGACUUCCCGCAGGAAGGCAUGCAUCAAAUGCAUAAGCCUAUUGAUGGUAUACAUGACAAGGGCAUCGUAGAAGAGAUCCAUUGUGGAUCAAUGAAAGGCACCAGUAUGCGACCACCACACCCAGGAAUGGGCCCUCCUCAGAGCCCCAUGGAUCAGCACAGCCAAGGUUACAUGUCACCACACCCAUCCCCAUUGGGAGCUCCAGAGCACGUCUCCAGCCCUAUGUCAGGAGGAGGCCCGACCCCACCACAGAUGCCGCCAAGCCAGCCUGGGCCCCUUGUCCAAGGUGAUCCACAGGUGAUGAGCCAACCCAACCGAGGACCUUCGCCUUUUAGCCCUGUCCAACUGCAUCAACUACGAGCGCAAAUUUUAGCUUACAAAAUGUUGGCCCGAGGCCAGCCCCUCCCUGAAACCCUGCAGCUUGCAGUCCAGGGGAAAAGGACAUUGCCUGGCAUGCAACAGCAGCAACCACCACCACAGCAGCAGCCACAGCCACAGCCACAGCCACAGCAGUCACAACAGCAGCAGGCCCUUGUUAGCUUCAACAGAUCAACAGGCCCAGGGACAGAAAUGAGUGGCUCAAGCACCCCGCAGAAGCUACCUGUGCCUGUGCCCAGUGGCCGGCCCUCACCUGCACCCCCUGCAGCAGCACAGCCUCCUGCAGCUGCCGUGCCUGGACCUUCCGUGCAGCAGCCUGUCCCAGGGCAGCCUUCACCCAUCCUUCAGCUUCAGCAGAAGCAGAGCCGGAUCAGUCCCAUUCAGAAGCCGCAAGGCCUGGACCCUGUGGAGAUCCUGCAGGAGAGGGAAUACAGACUUCAGGCUCGCAUAGCUCAUAGAAUACAAGAACUGGAAAAUCUACCUGGUUCCUUGCCACCUGAUUUACGAACCAAAGCAACUGUGGAAUUAAAGGCACUUCGAUUACUCAAUUUCCAACGUCAGCUAAGACAGGAAGUGGUGGCUUGCAUGCGCCGGGAUACCACCCUUGAGACUGCUCUCAACUCCAAAGCAUAUAAGCGGAGUAAGAGGCAGACCUUGCGGGAGGCCCGCAUGACAGAGAAACUGGAGAAGCAGCAGAAGAUUGAGCAGGAGAGGAAGCGCCGGCAGAAACAUCAGGAAUACCUGAACAGUAUUUUGCAACAUGCAAAAGAUUUUAAAGAAUACCACCGGUCUGUGGCUGGGAAGAUCCAGAAGCUUUCCAAAGCAGUGGCUACAUGGCAUGCCAAUACAGAAAGGGAACAAAAGAAAGAGACAGAGCGGAUUGAAAAGGAGAGAAUGAGGAGAUUGAUGGCUGAAGAUGAAGAGGGCUAUCGAAAGCUGAUUGAUCAAAAGAAAGACAGGCGCUUAGCUUACCUUUUGCAGCAGACUGAUGAAUAUGUGGCCAAUUUAACUAACCUGGUUUGGGAGCACAAGCAAGCACAAGCAGCCAAAGAGAAGAAGAAGAGGAGGCGGAGGAAGAAGAAGGCUGAAGAGAAUGCAGAGGGAGGAGAGCCUGCACUGGGACCAGAUGGAGAGCCCAUAGAUGAAAGCAGUCAGAUGAGUGACCUUCCUGUUAAAGUGACUCACACAGAAACUGGCAAAGUUCUGUUUGGACCAGAAGCCCCUAAAGCAAGUCAACUGGAUGCCUGGUUGGAAAUGAAUCCUGGUUAUGAAGUUGCGCCCAGAUCUGACAGUGAAGAGAGUGAUUCUGAUUAUGAAGAGGAGGAUGAGGAAGAAGAGCCCACAAAGCAAGAGACUGAAGAGAAAAUAGUCUUGGAUCCAAACAGUGAAGAAGUUUCCGAGAAGGAUGCCAAGCAAAUAAUUGAGACAGCUAAGCAAGAUGUGGAUGAUGAAUACAGCAUGCAAUACAGUGCCAGAGGCUCCCAGUCUUACUACACAGUGGCUCAUGCCAUCUCUGAGAGGGUGGAGAAGCAGUCAGCCUUGCUUAUUAAUGGAACUCUGAAACACUAUCAGGUAUGAUUUGGUUUCCUUGACAAGGCCCUAGAAUGGAUGGUUUCCUGUAUAAUAACAAUUUGAAACGGAAUCUUAGCUGAUGAAAUGGGGCUAGGAAAGACCAUACAGACCAUUGCACUCAUCACUUAUCUGAUGGAGCACAAAAGACUCAAUGGCCCCUAUCUCAUCAUCGUUCCCCUUUCGACUCUUUCUAACUGGACAUAUGAAUUUGACAAGUGGGCUCCUUCUGUGGUGAAAAUUUCAUACAAGGGAACCCCUGCCAUGCGUCGCUCCCUUGUUCCUCAGUUACGGAGUGGCAAAUUCAAUGUCCUUUUGACUACUUAUGAGUACAUUAUAAAAGACAAGCACAUUCUUGCAAAGAUUCGGUGGAAAUACAUGAUAGUGGAUGAAGGCCACCGAAUGAAGAAUCACCAUUGCAAGUUAACUCAAGUCCUGAAUACUCACUAUGUGGCCCCCAGAAGAAUUCUCUUGACUGGGACCCCACUGCAGAAUAAGCUCCCUGAACUUUGGGCCCUCCUCAACUUUCUCCUUCCUACAAUUUUUAAGAGCUGCAGCACAUUUGAGCAGUGGUUUAAUGCCCCAUUUGCCAUGACUGGAGAAAGGGUGGACUUAAAUGAAGAAGAAACUAUACUGAUCAUUAGGCGUCUACACAAGGUUUUGAGGCCUUUUUUACUGAGGAGAUUGAAGAAAGAAGUGGAAUCACAGCUUCCUGAAAAAGUCGAAUAUGUAAUCAAGUGUGAUAUGUCGGCUCUGCAGAAGAUUCUAUAUCGCCAUAUGCAAGCCAAAGGGAUCCUCCUCACAGAUGGUUCUGAGAAAGAUAAGAAGGGAAAAGGAGGUGCAAAGACACUUAUGAACACUAUCAUGCAAUUGAGAAAAAUUUGCAAUCACCCAUAUAUGUUUCAGCACAUUGAGGAAUCCUUUGCUGAACACCUGGGUUAUUCAAAUGGAGUCAUCAAUGGGGCUGAGCUGUAUCGGGCCUCAGGAAAGUUUGAGCUACUUGAUCGUAUUCUGCCAAAAUUGAGAGCGACUAAUCACCGCGUGCUGCUUUUCUGUCAGAUGACGUCCCUCAUGACCAUCAUGGAGGAUUACUUUGCUUUUCGGAACUUCCUUUACCUGCGCCUGGAUGGCACCACCAAGUCUGAAGAUCGUGCUGCUUUACUGAAGAAAUUCAACGAACCUGGGUCCCAGUAUUUCAUUUUUCUACUAAGCACCAGAGCUGGAGGCCUGGGCUUAAAUCUACAGGCUGCGGAUACUGUGGUCAUCUUUGACAGCGACUGGAAUCCUCAUCAGGAUCUGCAAGCACAAGACCGAGCUCACCGCAUUGGACAACAGAACGAGGUCCGGGUGCUGAGACUCUGUACGGUGAACAGUGUGGAAGAGAAGAUCCUGGCAGCUGCCAAGUAUAAGUUGAAUGUGGACCAGAAAGUGAUCCAGGCAGGCAUGUUUGAUCAAAAAUCUUCAAGCCACGAGCGGAGAGCAUUCCUGCAGGCCAUACUGGAGCAUGAAGAGGAAAAUGAGGAAGAAGACGAAGUGCCUGAUGAUGAGACUCUGAACCAGAUGAUUGCUCGGCGAGAAGAAGAAUUUGAUCUUUUUAUGCGUAUGGACAUGGACCGUCGGCGGGAGGAUGCAAGGAAUCCCAAACGCAAGCCUCGCUUGAUGGAGGAAGACGAGUUGCCCUCCUGGAUUAUCAAAGAUGACGCAGAGGUUGAAAGACUUACUUGUGAAGAGGAGGAGGAGAAAAUAUUUGGGAGAGGAUCUCGCCAGCGCCGGGAUGUGGACUACAGCGACGCCCUCACUGAGAAGCAAUGGCUAAGGGCCAUUGAAGACGGCAAUUUGGAAGAAAUGGAGGAGGAAGUACGGCUUAAGAAGCGAAAAAGACGAAGAAAUGUGGAAAAAGAUCCUGCAAAAGAAGAUGUGGAGAAGGCUAAGAAGAGAAGAGGUCGCCCUCCAGCUGAGAAACUAUCACCAAAUCCCCCAAAACUGACAAAACAGAUGAAUGCCAUCAUCGAUACUGUGAUAAACUACAAAGACAGGUGUAACGUGGAGAAGGUGGCCAGUAAUUCUCAGUUGGAAAUAGAAGGAAACAGUUCAGGGCGACAGCUCAGUGAAGUCUUCAUUCAGUUACCUUCGAGGAAAGAAUUACCAGAAUAUUAUGAAUUAAUUAGGAAGCCAGUGGAUUUCAAAAAAAUAAAGGAAAGAAUCCGUAAUCACAAGUACAGGAGCUUGGGUGACCUGGAGAAAGAUGUCAUGCUCCUCUGUCACAAUGCCCAGACGUUCAACUUGGAGGGAUCCCAGAUAUAUGAAGACUCCAUUGUCCUGCAGUCAGUGUUUAAGAGUGCUCGGCAGAAAAUUGCCAAAGAAGAAGAGAGUGAAGACGAAACCAAUGAGGAAGAGGAGGAGGAAGAUGAAGAGGAGUCUGAGUCUGAGGCAAAAUCCGUUAAAGUGAAAAUCAAGCUCAAUAAGAAAGAGGAGAAAGGCCGAGAUAAAGGAAAAAGCAAGAAGAGGCCAAAUCGAGGAAAAGCCAAACCUGUAGUGAGUGAUUUCGACAGUGAUGAAGAGCAGGAUGAAAAUGAACAGUCCGAAGCAAGUGGGACUGAUGAUGAGUGAUCAGUAUGGACCUGUUUUCCUUGGUAGAACUGAAUUCCUUCCUCCCCUCUCUCAUUUUUACCCAGUGAGUUCAUUUGUCAUAGGGACACUGGGUUGUUUCUUAUAUCAUCAUCAUCUAUAAAACUAGCUUUAGAAUAGUGCUAGACAAACAUAUGAUAUCAUGGUGUAAAAAAAAUGCACACACACGCACAAAUAUUUGUAACAUAUUGUGACCAAAUCGGCCUCAAAGAUUCAAAGAUUAAAGCAAGAACAUUUAAAAAAGCUUUUGAUGGAAAAUAUGUGGGUGGAUAGUAUAUUUCUAUGGGUGGGACUAAUUUGGUAAUGAUUUGAUUGUACCUGGUUUUAUCACUUGUUCAAAUGAGAAGAUUUUUGUCUUUUUGUAGCCCUGAUAACCAGGAGAAGCCAUUAAAAGCCACUGGUUAUUUUAUUUUUCAUCAGGCAAUUUUCAAGGUUCUUAUUUGUUCGGUAUUGUUUUUUUUUACACUGUGGUACAUAUAAGCAACUUUAAUAGGUGAUAAAUGUACAGUAGUUAGACUUCACCUGCAUAUACAUUUUUCCAUUUUAUGCUCUGAUCUGAAAAGAACUGCGUUUUGAAUUGUAUAAGAUUUAUGUCUACUGUAAACAUUGCUUAAUUUUAUUUUUGCUCUUGAUUUUAAAAAAUCUUUUGUUGAAAAUGCUAUUGAAUAUUGCAAUCUAUAGUGUAUUGGAUGGCUUCUUUUGUCAACCUGAUCUCCUCUGUUACCAAUGUGUAUCGUCUCCUUAUCCCCAAAGUGUACUUAAUCUUUGCUUUCUUUGCACAAUGUCUUUGGUUGCAAGUCAUAAGCCUGAGGCAAAUAAAAUUCCAGUAAUUUCCAAGAAUGUGGUGUUGGUGCUUUCUAAUAAAGAGGUAAUUUAGUUCAACAAA